AUGUUAAACACUAAUAUUCGUAUUUUACAUUACCCUACUUUUUUGAUAUUUUCAUUUUUAUUGUCCAAAGGAAGUGGUGAUUCAUUUAUUUGGCAAAAAAGUCGAUCAUUGACCGAUCCAAACCGUUAUUUUGAAGGUGUAUUACCUUGUGAAGAUGAUAACAUUAUCAUCGAAACUGAUGAUAAUCCAGCUAUUUUGUACUUGAAUGAUGACUUGAAGGUAAUUCUUCACCAUCACUUAUCUUUCUAUAUUCUACCCUACCCCCACCUACCCUACCGUACCCCACCCUAACCUUAGCAUACCCUGCUCUGCCUUGCCCUACUCCAACAUACUCCCUAAACUAACCUUACCCCACCUUAACACAUGCUAGCCAAAAUCAAAAAAUUUGUUUAAGGUCAGCUCAAUCUACUUCCAACCAAACGGCAUACUGUAUUUCGGCUCUUCAGCCAUAAUUGGCGACCAAAAAGGUGAUUGGCAAUGUAAAAAGAACUACGCAGUAGAAGAUGCAGUAAUCAAAGACGACGAAGCGCCAUCAUUUUUUGACUACCGUUCUUGGCAUCAAAUGGAUUUGCUUGGCCGAAGGAUAAAGCAUCCAAAACUGCAUGCUCUUAUGGUUCCUAGCUCUGAUGUACGUAUUUUAUAUUUUUUUUUGUAAAUUUCGUGUUUCUGCUUAGAAAUGUUUUGUAAAACGCCAUUUUUAACUUUAAAAAUUUUUCAUUAACCUUAUUUUUUUAUUUAUACGGUUAACAAAUACCAUAAGCCUUAUUUAAGCCAUUGUAACAGAAUGCCAAGCGGUCUAUUGGCGACUAUUUGUUUUCGUUGUGGGACCCAACUUUAUAUUAGAUGUUAUGGCAAAACCAAGUAAAUGCUUCAAUAUUACUGUAAUUUUAUGACUUUUAGGACAUUGCAAUACUACAAACCACAAAACCAUCAAAAAUUACCAUUGGCAAUCAAGUCCAAUUGGGGAGGUUGAUCUUUAACCAUAAGGUAGGUUUAUAUUUUUUGAUUUUUAUUGUUUUAUUAUUAUUUUUUAAUACUUUCUUGUACGGUUACGUAUGACAUACCAUUGAAAAGCUUGUUGUGAGAUCUAGCCGUUUGAAAUUUUCAAAAAAUUUAUUUAAAACAACAUAUUGUACAAAAUAAUCAUCAUUAUAUAUAAGUGAUCACAUGGGUUAAAGGAAAGAUCGGUUGAGUAUCAAAUUUUUUAGUUUGAGGGACCUUAA